AUGUCACAGUCACCUGUCAGUCGGCCGGGCUCUGCCACGCCCAACGGUCACAUGACUGUGACAAAGAUAGCCGGUGUACCGUGCCCGGCCACGCCCACCCGGUACACGGCACCUGUUCACAUUGAUGUUGGGGGCUGUAUAUAUACAUCCUCGCUGGAAACUUUGACAAGGUUUCCAGAGUCCAAACUGGCACGUAUGUUCAAUGGAAGCAUCCCUAUAGUCUUGGACACGCUAAAACAGCAUUACUUCAUAGACAGAGAUGGGAAGCUGUUCCGCUACAUCCUCAACUACCUGAGGACACAAAGACUUGUCGUGCCCACCGAGUUUGAUGAGUAUGAACAGCUCUAUGAGGAAGCCAGAUAUUAUGAGCUAGCCGGAAUGCUCAAAGACCUUGAAAGCAUUAAAAAAGCCAAGGAUAUUACCAAAACUGUGCAUGAGAUAAAGAUAGAAAGAGGUACCAACCAGGAAUUCAUUGACUGUAUAGCUGUGAGCAUUAGCCCCGAUCUUGGAGAGAGAAUCUGUCUUAGUGCUGAGAGACCUCUUAUCGAGGAGAUUUUCCCUGAACUGUGUACAGCUUUGAUGGACACCAGAAACUCUGGCUGGCAUCUGGAUAACCACUACGUCAUCCGGUUUCCACUCAAUGGCUUCUGUAAGCUCAACUCCAUUCAAGUCAUGCAGAGACUCUUUAACCAUUCCUUUCUGAUUGCUGCCUCCACCGGAGGUGGGGUUGAGGGCCAGCAGUUUAGUGAAUAUUUGUUUACAAGAAGUUGCAAAUCACUUCAUUGA